UGUCUGGUCAUUGCAUCAGUUCGGGUCGCCAGGCGGCAGCGCUGACUCCUACCCUGUCUCGGGCUUGCGCGACCUCUGGGUCUCCAGCAACAAAAUGGUUCAACAAGUGCCAGAAAACAUCAAUUUUCCUGCUGAAGAAGAAAAGAUAUUGCAGUUCUGGUCUGAAUUUAAUUGUUUUCAGGAAUGCUUAAAGCAAUCAAAACAUAGACCAAAAUUUACCUUCUACGAUGGCCCUCCUUUUGCAACUGGACUGCCUCACUAUGGGCAUAUACUUGCGGGCACCAUUAAAGACGUAGUCACAAGAUAUGCUCACCAGAGUGGGUUUCAUGUUGACAGAAGAUUUGGAUGGGAUUGUCAUGGUUUACCUGUGGAAUAUGAAAUUGACAAGACACUGGGAAUCAGAGGGCCAGAGGACGUGGCCAAAAUGGGGAUUGCAGAGUAUAACAAUCAGUGCCGUUCAAUUGUGAUGAGAUACUCUUCUGAAUGGAAGUCUAUUAUUACCAGACUUGGCCGAUGGAUUGACUUUGACAACGACUACAAAACUCUAUAUCCACAAUUCAUGGAAUCUGUCUGGUGGGUGUUCAAACAACUCUAUGAUAAAGGCCUUGUUUACAGAGGUGUGAAAGUCAUGCCCUUCUCCACGGCUUGUAAUACUCCACUUUCCAACUUUGAGGCACACCAAAAUUACAAGGAUGUUCAAGAUCCUUCAGUAUUUGUAACUUUCCCUUUGGAAGAAGAUGAAAAUACAUCUUUGGUUGCUUGGACAACCACUCCCUGGACUCUACCUAGUAAUCUUGCUCUCUGUGUUAAUCCAGAUAUGGUAUAUGUAAAGGUUAAAGAUAUUGCCAGACGAAAAUUACUCAUUUUAAUGGAAGCCAGAUUAUCAGCCCUCUAUAAGUUGGAGAGUGACUAUGAGAUCCUUGAAAGAUUUCCUGGUGUCUAUCUCAAAGGCAAGAAAUACAAGCCCUUGUUCGACUAUUUUCUGAAGUAUAAAGAAAACGGCGCUUUCACUGUGCUUGUCGACAGUUACGUGAAGGAGGAAGAAGGCACAGGGGUUGUGCACCAGGCUCCUUACUUCGGAGCUGAUGACUUCCGUGUCUGUAUGGACUUCAAUAUUAUUCAGAAAGACUCGCUCCCUAUUUGUCCUGUGGAUGCUUCAGGCUGUUUCACAGCAGAAGUGACACAUUUUGCAGGACAGUAUGUGAAGGAAGGUGACAAAAAUAUCAUCAGGACCUUGAAAGAACAGGGCCGACUUCUUGUGGCCAGCACCUUCACUCAUAGCUACCCUUUCUGCUGGAGGUCAGACACACCCCUCAUUUACAAAGCGGUGCCCAGCUGGUUCGUGCGCGUGGAGCACAUGGUGGACAAGUUACUGAGGAACAACGGCCUCUGCUACUGGGUACCAGAGUUUGUGCGAGAAAAGCGGUUUGGAAACUGGCUGAAAGAUGCACGUGACUGGGCAAUUUCCAGGAACAGAUACUGGGGCACCCCUAUCCCGCUGUGGGUCAGUGACGACUUUGAGGAGGUAGUUUGCAUUGGCUCAGUGGCGGAACUUGAGGAACUCUCAGGAGCAAAGAUCUCAGAUCUCCACAGAGAAAGCAUUGACCACCUGACCAUCCCAUCGCGCUGUGGGAAAGGGCCCCUGCGGCGCAUCUCUGAGGUGUUUGACUGCUGGUUCGAGAGCGGCAGCAUGCCCUAUGCCCAGGUUCACUAUCCAUUUGAAAGCAAGAGGGAGUUUGAUGAUGCUUUUCCCGCAGACUUCAUUGCUGAAGGCAUUGACCAAACCAGAGGAUGGUUUUACACCCUGCUGGUACUGGCCACAGCCCUCUUUGGACAACCACCUUACAAGAACGUGAUCGUGAAUGGGCUCAUCCUGGCGAGUGAUGGACAAAAAAUGAGCAAACGGAAAAAGAAUUAUCCAGAUCCAGUUUCCGUCAUCCAAAAGUAUGGUGCCGAUGCCCUUAGGUUAUAUCUGAUUAACUCUCCUGUGGUAAGAGCAGAAAACCUCCGCUUUAAGGAGGAGGGUGUGCGGGACGUCCUUAAGGAUGUGUUGCUCCCAUGGUACAAUGCUUACCGCUUCUUCGUCCAGAACGUCUUGCGGCUCCACAAGGAGGAAGAAAUAGAAUUCCUUUACAAUGAGAAUACAGUCAAAGAAAGCCCCAACAUUACAGACCGGUGGAUCCUCUCCUUCAUGCAGUCACUCCUGGGCUUCUUUGAGACUGAAAUGGCAGCUUAUAGGCUUUAUACUGUGGUGCCUCGCCUGGUCAAGUUUGUAGAUGUUCUGACCAAUUGGUAUGUCAGAAUGAAUCGUAGAAGGUUAAAGGGUGAAAAUGGGACAGAGGAUUGUGUUAUGGCCCUGGAGACCUUGUUUAGUGUCCUGCUCUCUCUGUGCAGACUGAUGGCCCCUUACACACCAUUUCUCACUGAAUUGAUGUACCAGAAUCUAAAGGCGCUGACUGAUCCCGUUUCUGUCCAGGAUAAGGAUACACUCAGUAUCCACUACCUCAUGCUGCCUCGUGUUCGAGAGGAACUGAUUGACAAGAAAACUGAGAAUGCAGUGUCUAGGAUGCAGUCCGUCAUUGAACUUGGGCGAGUGAUCCGGGACCGAAAAACUAUUCCAAUAAAGUAUCCUUUGAAAGAAAUUGUGGUUAUCCAUCAAGAUCCCGAAGCUCUGAAUGAUAUCAGUUCCUUGGAGAAGUAUAUCCUUGAGGAAUUGAAUGUUCGUAAAGUUACACUGUCUACGGAUAAAAACAAGUACGGCAUUCGGCUAAGGGCAGAGCCAGACCACAUGGUCCUGGGAAAGCGUCUGAAGGGAGCCUUUAAAUCAGUGAUGACGGCCAUCAAGCAGCUGAAGAGUGAGGAGCUGGAGCAGUUCCAGAAGACUGGGAGCAUUGUUGUGGAAGGCCACGAACUGCAUGCAGAAGACAUCCGCCUUAUGUACGCCUUUGACCAGACCACCGGAGGGACCACACAGUAUGAAGCACAUUCGGAUGCUCAGGCUUUGGUUCUGUUAGACAUCACCCCUGACCAGUCAAUGGUGGAUGAAGGAAUGGCUCGGGAAGUUAUCAAUCGCAUCCAGAAACUUCGCAAGAAGUGUAAUCUGGUUCCCACUGAUGAAAUAACCGUGUAUUAUAAUGCAAAAUCUGAAGAAAGGUAUCUGAGUACAGUUAUUGAAAGCCACACAGAGUUCAUAUGUGCCACCAUAAAGGCUCCCCUGAAACCAUAUCCAGUUUCUACAUCAGAAAAAGUUCUUAUUGAAGAAAAAAUACAGUUAAAGGGCUGUGACCUGGAAAUUACGCUCACCAGAGGGCUGUGCACUCCUGGUCCCGUGUGUGCUUAUGUCAAUCUUCACAUCUAUGCCAGUGGCAAGGAACAAGAUGGAGUAUUGCUUCUGGAAAAUCCAAAAGGAGAUAAUCAGUUGGACCUUCUGAAGCUAAAGAGUGUUGUUUCUAGCAUUUUUGGUGUUAAAACUACAGAGCUGGCUGUCUUCCAUGGUGAAACAGAAAUACAAAACCAAACAGACUUGCUGAGCCUCACUGGAAAAACACUCUGUGUGACUGCAGGACCAGCCCCCUCUCCGGCCAGUAGUCCUGGUCCUCUCCUCUGUCAGUACAUCAACCUGCAGCUCCUCGAUGCAGAGCCUCAAGAGUGUUUAGUGGGCACAGUUGGUACUCUGCUGUUGGAAAACCCACUGGGGCAGAAUGGACUCACCCACCAGGGUCUUUUGUAUGAAGCAGCCAAGGUGUUUGGUCUUCGCAGCAGGAAGCUGAAGCUCUUUCUGAAUGAGACUCAAACCCAAGAAAUUACAGAAGACAUCCCCAUGAAGACUCUGAAUAUGAAGACUGUGUAUGUUUCUGUAUUGCCAACGACUGCAGACUGCUAGCGCUCAUUUCUUUGUGUGGUUUGGUCAACAUUUCCCUUGGACCUUUUUCCUUUACAUUUAUAUCCAUGGACAUGAAGAUAUGUCCUUUCAUUCUAAUAUGCUGCUUUGGCCCAAAGUUCAAAUAGGAUUGAUGAAGUGACUUGAGACCUCAUGUAAACUAUUCACACUUAACCUUAAACACCUAUGCAGUUGUGUUGGGGAAAGUUAUUACCUCAGCACCACAAAAUUUAUUUCUAUACUUGAGUUCAUGAAAUACAGAAAGGAGAAUUCACUUAAAAGGCAUAAUAUUUGUGAAUAUUGAUUUAUGGCCUUUUAAAACUGAUUUGAGACCCUUAAAGAAGUGGACAUAUUAUAUAUUUCUGCUACCUG